CAGCUCAGCUCCUCGCAGUUUCUCUUAUGCGUUAUGUAGUUCGCAGGUUCUUAUGCUCCUCGCUACACCCUCCUCCAAAGCAUGCGUGUUGAUGCUUGCGUGCUUCUGCCCUUCAAAAGGACGCGGUGCUUCGGGAUCCUUUCGGCGGUAGUAGGUUAUUCGUAGUCCACGUAAUCCUUCGCAGUCGCCUCGUGCCUAUCUCAGCGUCAUGGAUCCUUCUCGUACCACAAGGUCUAGCGGUUUCGAGCAUGAAACCGUUUCUGAAAGUCUUCCUGACGAGGCUCUUAGACUUAUCUUUCGCUUCGUCUCGCUCCGCUGUCCCUCGUCCUUCUCCCACGCGCUGACGUGUAAAAGGUGGCUGCGGCUCGCUCAGCUCGCCAGAUCAGCAGUCCACGUGGACGAAUCCCGAAGCAUCUCAGGCGAUCUCCUCCUUGCGUCGCUCUCCCGCUUCCCCAACCUCACCAGCCUCCAGCUGGCGAAUCAGAGCAUGACACGUGUUCCUGCGACCUUCCUCCACCGCCUCGGCCGAACCUGUCCGAACCUGAUCAGCCUCUCCCUGCCGGACCUCAGCCUUGGGCAGGAGUCCAUUCAAGACCAAGCAUCAACUCAUGGCCAAGCUUCAAAUCAAGAACUAUCACUAUCACCUCCAGAUCCCCCAUCGGCUCGAGUACCGUUCUUGACUCAAGAACAAUCCGUUGCUCAGAAACAGCAGCCAGUUUCUCAAGCACGAGUUUCCCCUGACCUCAGCAGCAGUAUUUUCUAUCUCCGUGGCCUGGAGUUUUUCUUCCACAGCUGCACGGCGCUGGAGCAGCUGUCCCUGGUCCUGCCAGGCUCCCUCGCCUCCUUACCUCCCUCGCUCUUAUCUCUCCCCCGCCUCCAGCACCUCCGGUUAUGCGCUCAUGGCGUUAAGUCAAUGCCAUCCCAGAUCCCGAACUCCUUUCCUUCGCUUCAGAUUCUGGAGAUUGAAUCUGGAAGCCUCCAUAAUCUUCCUGAAACCCUGGGCGAAUGGGGAUCGUUUCAAGAGCUGACCCUCUCCUGCGAAAAUCUCCAGGUGCUGCCCGAGAUCUCCGGUCAACAGCCCUCCAGCCUCAAACACCUCUGCUUGAAUCUGCCGCAGCUGGGAAAGCUCCCAGAGGGAUUUUGCAAGCUGCCUUCUCUUCUCUCCGUAAAGCUCCUCUCCUGCUCAAUCUUGGAUUCACUGCCCGAAGAUCUCGGGUACCUGCAUUCUCUCAAGACUCUGGAGCUGAUUCGCCUGCCGGAAAUUUCGACUCUGCCCGAGUCCCUGGGGCAGCUCUCAAGCCUGGAGAAGCUGCAUUUGAUGAUGUGCCCAGCAUUCCAACGGUUACCAGAAUCCGCGUCUCUGCUGACCAGGCUCAAGAGUCUUCGCAUCAUGCAUUGCGGGUCUUUAUCUUCCCUGCCUGAUGGGAUUGGAAACUUGCAGAACCUGCAGAUUCUGGAGGUGACUGGGUCAUUGGUCUUGGAACAGCUACCACCAUCCGUGACUGCCCUGAAAUCACUCACCAGCCUGUCAAUUUGCAGGUGUGGGAAGCUUCAGUCGCUGCCUGAAGACAUCGGGCAGCUGACGCAACUGCAGGAGCUUGCUGUGGUCAUGAAUGACGAAAUCUCCGAACUGCCCGAGUCCCUUUCAAGCCUACCCCGGUUGGAAGUCUUGGUGGUCUCUGACUGCUUAAAUCUUCACACCCUGCCAAAAGGCCUUCAACACGGGCAGAUGACAUGGCUUCGGUGUUUAGAGCUCUCAGACCUUCCAUCCCUGGAUGGGCUGCCCAGGAAUCUCGGGCGGCUGCCAAACAUUCAGGAGGUCCAUCUGCGAGGAGACAAUCUCGUGAAGCAGCCUCAGCUAAGCCAAGUCUUCAGUCCUAGACCUUGGCUCCCCAUUAUCUGCUCUGUCCUGGGAUUGGUUCGGCUCCAUGCCCUAUCCUUAUUGGCUGGGGGAUCGCAGGAUUCCAAAGGGUCCUCGGGAUUGCAUGAGUAUGCCAGCUGCCAGAGAGGGUUUGGUAUUUUCCCACCGGAUUCUGAUUCCCAAGAGUCAGAUACAUGGAUCGUGAUGGCAUGUGAGAUGCCCUGAUGGCGAAUCCUGUUUUCACUUUUGCUUAGGAGGAAGAAAUGUGGUUCUAAAAGAUAAACAUUCGGAGGCCGGCCGUCCGGUCAAGUGGAGAGGGGCCUGGGUGAUAAUGCAAAAAAUCACUCAAUCUCACAUUCAUUUUCCAACCGCCAAUAUUCCCAUGGCGGCCAAUCUGGUCUCCUCAACGCCGCUGGGCGUUUAUCCUGGCAGGUUCUCGCGCACGGCUGAUUUAUGUCCCUCAGUCCCCUCACAUUCCUUCCCCGCAUCCGUGCUGAAUACAAAUCGACGUCUGUUGAAGGUCGAAUCUCGUGCCGCUCAGGAAGGGCCAGGAUUCUCCGACCACUCACGAUCCGACGGACUUGGGCGGUUUGGCGCGCGCGGGGGUCGAGACGGGGGCGAUGAGACCAGGGGCAG